AUGUACGGCGCGGGCGGAGGCCGCGCCAAAGCUGAGAGGAAAAGUGGCGCCAAAGAGGAGGCCGGGCCCGGCGCUGCCGGCAGUGGGGGAAACCGAGUGGAGCUGCUGGUGUUCGGCUAUGCCUGCAAGCUGUUCCGGGACGACGAGCGGGCCCUGGCCCAGGAACAGGGACAGCACCUCAUCCCCUGGAUGGGGGACCACAAGAUCCUCAUCGACAGAUACGAUGGGCGUGGUCACCUACAUGACCUUUCUGAGUACGAUGCUGAAUAUUCCACUUGGAACCGAGAUUACCAGCUGUCGGAAGAGGAGGCACGAAUAGAGGCCCUGUGUGAUGAAGAGAGGUAUUUAGCCUUGCAUACGGACUUGCUUGAGGAGGAGGCAAGGCAAGAGGAAGAAUACAAGCGACUGAGUGAAGCCCUGGCUGAGGACGGGAGCUACAAUGCUGUGGGGUUCACGUACGGGAGUGAUUACUACGACCCCUCCGAGCCCACGGAGGAAGAGGAGCCGUCGAAACAGAGAGAAAAAAGUGAGGCUGAAAGUCUGGAGGAAAACGAAGAGCCAUUUGUUGCCCCUUUAGGAUUGAAUGUCCCAUCUGAUGUGGAACUGCCACCAACCGCAAAAAUGCACGCAAUCAUCGAGCGCACGGCCAACUUUGUGUGCAAGCAGGGGGCCCAGUUUGAGAUCAUGCUGAAAGCCAAGCAGGCCCGGAACUCACAAUUCGACUUCUUGCGAUUCGAUCACUACCUCAACCCCUACUACAAGUUCAUCCAGAAAGCCAUGAAAGAGGGGCGCUACACAGUGCUGGCCGAGAACAAAACUGAAGAGAAAAAGAAGUCCGGGGCCACCUCUGACAAUGACGACGACGAUGAUGAAGACGACGGUAACUACCUGCAUCCGUCUCUCUUUGCUUCCAAAAAGUGCAGCCGCCUGGAGGAACUUAUGAAGCCUCUGAAGGUGGUGGACCCUGAUCAUCCUCUGGCAGCCCUGGUCCGUAAAGCCCAGGCUGACAGCUCCACACCCACACCCCAGGCGGCCCAGGGCACUACUGCGCAGCCCCCUCAGGUGGAAUAUACUGCAGACUCCACCGUGGCCGCCAUGUACUACAGCUACUACAUGCUUCCCGAUGGCACCUACUGCCUGGCACCGCCCCCUCCCGGAAUCGACGUGGCCACUUACUACAGCACCCUGCCUGCUGGCGUAACCGUGUCCAGCUCCACUGGUGUGACAAGUACCGCCCCGCCCCCUCCCGGGACCACUCCCCCACCACCCCCAUCCAGCACAGAGACAAGCAGCGGGGUGACCUCUACGACCACCACAACAAGUGCCCUCGCCCCCGUGGCUGCCAUCAUCCCCCCGCCCCCAGACAUCCAGCCUGUGAUCGACAAGCUUGCCGAGUACGUGGCUCGGAACGGUGUGAAGUUUGAGACAAGCGUGCGUGCCAAGAAUGACCAGAGGUUUGAGUUCCUGCAACCCUGGCACCAGUAUAAUGCCUACUAUGAGUUUAAGAAGCAGUUCUUCCUCCAUAAGGAAGGCGGCGACUGCACACAGGUAGCCACGGCACCAGAAGAGGCUCCCACUGAGUCUACCUCAGAGAGCCCGAGGGAGGCCGUGGAUGAUGGGGCCUGUGAGGAGUCGGCUGAAGGAGGAGGAAGGGGAGCCCCAGGGAAGAAGGAGGCGGCAUCAGGCAAGGCCAUCCCUGAUGGCAAACUCGUGAAAGCUUCCUUUGCUCCAAUCAGCUUCGCAAUCAAGGCCAAAGAGAAUGAUCUGCUUCCCCUGGAGAAAAACCGUGUUAAGUUAGAUGACGACAGUGACGAUGACGAAGAAAGCAAAGAAGGCCAGGAGAGCUCUGGCAGUACUGCCCACGUGAGCCCAGCAGUGGCCCCGCCCUGCGUGGGGGCCGAGGAGAAGAAGCCUCAGCUAACCCAGGAGGAGCUGGAAGCCAAGCAAGCAAAGCAAAAGCUGGAGGACCGACUGGCAGCUGCUGCCCGAGAAAAGCUCGCCCAGGCUUCGAAGGAGUCAAAGGAGAAGCAGCUCCAAGCAGAGCGUAAAAGGAAAGCUGCGCUCUUCUUACAAACCUUAAAAAAUCCUCUGGCCGAGGCCGAAGCCAGCAAGGUCGAGGAGAGCCCCUUGGUUGUGGAGGAAGCCAGUGCUGCACCCUGUGCACCACCAACUCCAGGGAGACCCCUCCCGCCUCCAGAAGGGAGACCCCCUGACAGACCCUCAAGCAGAAGCAGAGACCCUCCCCGAGAAGAAGAAAAGGAGAAGAAAAGGAAAAAGCACAGAAAACGGUCUCGGACGAGAUCUCGCUCACCCAAGUCCCACUCGUCAUCCAAGUCCCGGUCCAGGCCACACUCAAAAGGCAAGCACGCCCUCCCCAGCGCCUACAGGACGGUGCGACGGUCAAGGUCGCGGUCCAGGUCCCCGAGAAGAAGGGCACACUCUCCGGAGCGGCGCCGGGAGGAGAGGAGCGUCCCCACUGCCUAUCGUGUGAGCAACAGCCCUGGGGUCAGCCGGAAGCGGACGCGCUCCAGAAGCCCCCAUGAGAAGAAGAAGAAGAGGCGGUCACGGUCACGGACCAAGUCCAAGGCCAGGUCUCAGUCAGCGUCCCCAGGCAAGCAGUCGGCACAUGGGACGUCGGCACACUCAGCCAGCAUCUCUCCUGUGGAGAGCCGGGGCUCCAGCCAGGAGCGUUCCAGGGGAGUCUCUCAGGAAAAAGACGGGCAGAUCUCGUCAGCGAUCGUCUCCUCCGUGCAAAGCAAAAUAACUCAGGACCUUAUGGCCAAAGUGAGAGCCAUGCUUGCAGCGUCCAAAAACCUACAGACCAGCGCCUCCUGA